AUGACUUUAAAAGACUAUGAAAGUUUUAUUCGUAAAGAAAAUUCUCCUCCCGAACAAGCCGGGUUCCGUAAAGUUUUUAGUAUCAUAGAUAUCAUACACACGCUGCAGCAGGUUAUACAGAAGAUCGAGGAGUAUAAAUUGCCAUUAUGUUUAGCGUUUGUGGGCUAUGAGAAAGCCUUUGAUUCGACUGAGACAUGGGCUGUGCUACAGGCUCACCAGAGGUACCAAGUGGACUGCAGUUGUUUACCGCUGCGUUGGAGGACGCUUUCAAGCUUCGGGACUGGAAAAGAUUUGGCAUCAACAUCAAUGGCGAGUACCUUACCCACUUCCAUUUUGAAGGCCUUAAGGCGUUUGGAAGACCUUAGCACAAGGCUCGAGCGUCUCAACAGUGUUUCCCAAAGAGUGGGUCUUAAACUGAACAUGGACAAGACGAAAAUUAUGUCGAACGCCCAUGUCGCACACACUCCAGUUCGCAUUGAGAACACUGUUCUCGGAGUUGUUGACCAUUACAUAUACCUAGGACAGUCAAUUCAGUUAGUGUCUGAAGAUAAAAGUCUUCAACCAGUGUGUGGUUCCAGUGAUGACAUAUGGAUCCGAAAAGUGGUCGCUAAAUAUGAGCCGACUCAUAAGAAGGCUCAAAGUCGCUCAGCGGGCGAUGGAGAGGGCAAAGCUCGGUAUUUCCCUACGUUAUAG